AGAUAUUUUAUAUGAUUGGCCAAAAUAUCUUUUGAUCUCUUUAUAAAAUCUUUAUCUUUGGUCUGGUUUCACCUACAAUCCUAGAUAAGAUUUUUAUAGAUGGAAACUUGUACGAGACCGAGCAGGAGCGAUGCUCAUUUGUCUAGAGACGAAGAAGCAAAGAUCGAAGGUGAAACCAGGGACUACUUUGACGGGUUAGCGCCAAAGCGUCACACAAAGCCGCAACGCAGUGAAUAUGCUGCACAAUAUGUCGACGCUGUGCCCGGUGAUGGUGAGGGUGUUAUUCCUGAGUAUACUCAGUUCCAGCAUCUUGAACAAAACUCUGAGAAACUGGUUUACUCAGGUAACAAAGUGACUGAUGAGUUUGUGGAGACAGAAUAUUACAAGGAUCUUAAUGGUGUCGACAAGCAACAUCACACGACAGGAACAGGGUUCAUCAAAGUAGAUAACACAAAUGGCUUCAACCUAGUCCCGGAAUCUGAAUUUGAACAUCAUGCUUCUUGCAAGGGGAACCCCGCUACCAACGAGUGGACCCCAGCACCUGCUGACACGGCAUCUUUUGUGUCCACUAAACCUCCUAGAAGUGAUAGCUGAAAUGGAUUCAUUGCUGCAGAUGUCAUGAAAUAGCAUCUACAAUUACAAUACUAGUCAUUGCAUUUUCAGUACUAAAGUUACUGUGUACGUCUGUUCCGAGGAAUUGUGUGUAACUGAAACUAAGAUGUGUUUGCGCUAAUGAAUAAUACAUUUGACGAUGCUGUUCAAUUUGCUUGCUGCUUAA